AUGGGAAAGGAAAAAACACAUAUCAACUUAGUCGUCAUUGGCCAUGUCGAUAGUGGUAAAUCAACAACUACUGGCCACAUUAUUUACAAAUUGGGAGGUAUAGAUAGGAGAACGAUUGAAAAAUUCGAAAAAGAAUCAGCUGAAAUGGGUAAGGGAAGUUUCAAGUACGCGUGGGUGUUAGAUAAACUUAAAGCUGAGAGAGAAAGAGGUAUAACUAUUGAUAUCGCGUUAUGGAAGUUUGAAACACCAAGGUACUUUUUUACAGUUAUUGAUGCACCAGGGCAUAAGGAUUUUAUCAAAAAUAUGAUUACAGGUACAUCACAAGCAGAUGUUGCUUUGUUAGUUGUUCCAGCUGAAGUAGGUGGAUUUGAAGGUGCAUUUUCCAAAGAAGGUCAAACGAAAGAACAUGCGUUGUUAGCAUUUACCUUAGGUGUAAAGCAAAUUGUUGUUGGUGUUAAUAAGAUGGAUACUGUUAAAUAUUCAGAAGAUAGGUAUGAAGAAAUUAAGAAAGAAGUAAGAGAUUAUUUAAAGAAAGUGGGUUAUCAAGCAGAUAAAGUGGAUUUCAUUCCAAUAUCUGGCUUUGAAGGUGAUAACUUAAUUGAAAAGUCAGAUAAAACACCAUGGUAUAAGGGAAGAACACUUAUUGAAGCAUUAGAUACUAUGGAGCCACCUAAAAGACCAUUUGACAAGCCAUUAAGAAUCCCUCUUCAAGGUGUGUAUAAAAUUGGUGGUAUUGGUACUGUUCCAGUUGGUAGAGUUGAAACAGGUAUAUUAAAAGCAGGUAUGGUGUUAAACUUUGCUCCCUCAGCUGUUGUAUCCGAAUGUAAAUCAGUUGAAAUGCAUAAGGAAGUGUUAGAAGAAGCAAGACCAGGUGAUAACAUUGGUUUUAAUGUUAAGAACGUAUCAGUAAAGGAUAUUAAAAGAGGAUAUGUUGCUUCAGACACUAAGAAUGAACCAGCGAAAGGAUGUGCAAAAUUUACGGCACAGGUUAUUAUAUUAAAUCACCCUGGAGAAAUUAAAAAUGGGUAUACACCUGUGUUAGAUUGUCAUACAUCUCAUAUAUCGUGCAAAUUUGUAAAUAUCGAUUCGAAAAUAGAUAAACGUUCGGGAAAAGUUGUUGAAGAGAAUCCUAAGGCUAUUAAAUCAGGGGACUCAGCUUUAGUUAGUUUGGAACCAAAAAAACCUAUGGUUGUUGAAACAUUUACAGAAUAUCCACCAUUAGGAAGAUUUGCAAUUAGAGAUAUGAGACAAACAAUUGCUGUUGGAAUUAUCAAAGCAGUAGAGAAGAAGGAGCCAGGUGCCGUAUCUGCCAAAGCACCGGCAAAGAAAUAA